AUUCGCAAAACCCUUGUAGACCAGUGAUAUUGGUGAAUUAGUCAACGCUCGCUAAGACUACGUUGGAGGGGAGCGCAAACGAAAAUAAUGAACAACAAAAAAAUUGGCGCUGAAGUGAACAUCUGGUAGAACGAUAAAAAAAGCCAACUGGCAAAGGGAAGGAAGGAGUAUAGUACAGCGCCAUCGUGCAAAACUGGCUCAUUAUCAGCUUCUGUAAAGUGCGAGCACACACUUGUCCGACACCGACUGCGACUGCGACAAUAUCACGGCUGCUUACAGUUAACGUGAAGCGAUUAUUGCAAAAUUCCAAAUCGGCUGCUAACUUUUCAUUUUUCUCGUAUGGCAGCUGCAAGUGUGACUACCCACAUUGCCGCAAUUACUGCUUCGCCUCCAGCUGUUGUAGGAGUGUCAAUGGGUGGAGUAGAUGUGGCAAGUACGGCGGAAACAACAACUACCAAUGUCAGUCGCAAGAGCAUGCUGAAUCAGGAAUCUGCUACUGCAACUGCUAUUACCACAUUUCUCAUCAGCAGCACUAACGUCGGACACGUGAAUGAAGAAGAUAGUUUCAAGACAUUGACUUCGGUUUCGCCUGGCUUCGUAGGGACCAGUUCCUCAUCGGCUUCUGCUAUGAUGCCGGAGUUAGGAACACACACCCAUUCUCGUAGGCUACCAUUGCCACUUGUUGCUAUGACGGCAUCUUCUAAAUAUGAUGAUAACUUGGAAAUCGGUGGAGAGAUGAUUGCCAGCGCCACAAUGGCGUCGGUUAGGCUUGUCGAUAAUAGUACACAGACUGACGCAUUGAGUGACGAAGAACAGCUCUUGACAGCAGGUAACACUGAGCUGGGGACGGAUGUAUAUGGGGAGAGUGAACAUGCGUACCAUGCGUUGGCAGUGGUGGCUUCAAAUAAUGACAGUGAAGUCUAUGGCUUGAUUGAAUUUCACGAAGCAGACGAAAACAAGGAAAUGGCUAUAACAAACAGCGUAAAGGAGUUUGCUGACGAGGCGAUUGGCAAUGCAAAUGAAAGUCAGUUGUUCUAUAGAGAAUUAAACGUUUUCGAUAUGAACCGCGAUUGUAAUGAAUGUAAUGAAUUUUCCAGAUUCGUGGGCGAUAAAAAUUCCACAAAAUCAAAUAGUCUAAGCCAGUGCGACAACUGUCUGCAGCAAACACUGAAUGCGAUAAAUGAUGGUGGUGGUGGUCAUGAAGAUGAGCCAUCGCCAGUAACUGGCAGCGCUCUGGCUAAUGAACAUUUAGUCAAUCAAAACCAAUCGUUCGAAUCGCAAAGUAGUAAUAUUUUAGACGAUUUAGAACCAGGUGAUUGUACCUGCAAUGCAUCGACCCAUUUUGGUUGUGGUUGCGAUGAAACAGCUGCCAAUUGUACCUAUCAGGAGCGCAUUAUCGACUAUGAUAAUUUUCGAAUUAUCGAACAUGUUAUCGAUUGUUCCCAUGACAGCUGCUGCAAGCACAGCAGAAAAAUGCAUUGCACAGGCUCUUGGGAAGACAAUGUGGUGGAAGAAAAUAAGGAACUGAAUUUCGCGUGCCGAGAGUUGGUGACAUUUAUCGGCGAGAGUUAUCAGAUAAUGAAGGCACAAGAACAAACGGAAAACAUAGCUGCAACGACACCCCCACUGCUGGAAUCAACUCGGACCGUUAAAGAUAUUGAUGAAGAAGAGACAUAUUGUGAGGAAAAUAUGAAUAUUGGCCAUUUCAUUGUUGGUCCUCAAAUCGAAAGUCCGUUCAUAGCCGAGAUUGUCGAUGAUAACAAUAAUAAAGGCCGCGCCAAAGCCUCCCAAGCUGUGGGUGGAUCGAGCGAAGCUAUUCCAUCGGGAGUUAACAAGUCAAUAUCAGCAACUAUUACAGCUUCAUGUUCG